GCGCGGAAAAUUAAAAACCCUAAUUUCCUCCUCCCCCGCUUUCUCUCUCUUCCGCUCCCUUCGUGACCUCUCUCCCCAGGAGCCGAGCCGAGCCGAGCCGAGCCGAGCCUAGCGAAGCCAGAGCCGAGCGAAGCGGAGCCGAAGCCGAAGCCGGAGCCGGAGCCGGAGCCGGAGCCGGAGCCGGACCAGGCGAGCCGACAAGGGCUUCCCGCCGGCCUAUAACUUCCUUUGCAACCCCCCCAUGGCGACGUCCCAGAGCGAGAGGAGCCCGUACGAUGCCCCCGGGGGCGGGGGCAGCGGCGGCGGUGGCGCGGGGGGCAAGUUCCGGAAGAAACCCUACCGGAGGCACCAGGCGACGCCGUACGACCGCCCCCCGGUCGCGUUCCGGAAUGCCGGCGCCGUCCCCGGCGUCGGCGGUGGGGCCGGCGACGGCUGGUUGAGGAGGAUCGUCGAUCCGGCCCAAAGGCUCCUCGCCGCCGGCGCGCACCGGCUCUUCGCCUCCGUCUUCAGGAAGCGCCUCACGCAGCCCCCUACGCCUCCGCCUCCGCGGCCGCAGCCGCCAGAAGCAGAUCGAGAUGAAAGGGACAAGCGACAAGAGACAGUCCUCCUAGGCAUUUCGAGAGAGCAAAAAGUGGCCAUCAGUGAAGUUCAGCAACCUGCUUCUACAUCUGAGGGAGGUUGUUUUACUGAGCUGGAGAAAGUUUUAAAGCAGAAGACCUUUACCAGAUCAGAGAUUGAUCGGUUGACAGCCCUACUCCAUGCUAGAACUGCUGAUAUACAUGUUGCAGAUGAAGGGAGGAAGUCAGAAGAUUUACCAUCAAAGUCAUUUAAUGGGAAAGAAGAAGUAUCAGACAUUAUUGGACAAGACAAUGGCAGCGAAAGCCGGCUUACCAAAACUCAUGUCCUUGAUGAGGAUGUUGCAUCACCAGCAGAGCUUGCAAAAGCCUACAUGGGCAGCAGGCCUCCAAAAGUGGCCCCGUCUAUUCCGGGAACUCGCACUCAGACAAUCAGAGAAGAUUCGACAAUUUUUACUCAGUCGCAGCAGGCUUUGAAAUCCCCAGUUGUGUCACUUGUCCCCAGGUCUUCACCGCGUUUAGGGGCUCUUGAAAAUGGAUAUAUGACACCAAGAUCCCGCGGCAGGUCUGCAAUAUACAGCAUGGCACGGACUCCAUAUUCCAGAGUUCUCCCCACUCCUGCCAAGAGUGUUGAGCCUGUAGCUGAUGGCCAUAGGGGACCUUCCUCAUCACAAGCAUGGGAGCAUGGCAGAGUUUCUGGAUCUAAUAAUGCUUUGAAACGAAGAAGUUCCAUCUUUGAAAAUGAUAUAGGCUCUGUUGGUCCAAUACGAAGAAUUCGCCAAAAACCAAAUCUUUUAUCUCAAAGGAACUGGAGUUUGCCAGUCUCUGGAGGUGGAGUUACUCAAGUUUCCGACCACCCUUCCCCAAGUCAAAAGUUGCUUUCUUUGGGUGAAAAAAACAACUUUACUGAUCAAUCAGUUGACAAUGAGGACAGUGAUAUUCCUGUCAGAAACAUGGCCUCUACUUCUUCCAAGUCUACUGAAAUGGCUUCCAAAAUACUGCAGCAACUUGAUAAAAUAGUUUCGCCUCCCAAAGAGAGAGCAUCUGAUCUGAAGCUAGCCAGCGAUGCCAGAGAGGCCAUCUCACAGAAGCCAGAUAAAGUUGAGCAGAAUGGUCCAUCUAAUUUUUCUUUUUCCAACAUUGCUGCCGUGAAUGGUUUGGGUGAUACAGUUUUGAGUAAGAAGAAAGAUGUUGUUGGCCCUGUUAAAUCUGUGGAUUCCAAUUCGAUGAAUUUUCUGGUCCAUCUGGCAUCGCGACCAAACGGGGGAUUCAAAAUGAGCGCACAUGAGGAUUUCUUCGAUUUGGAUGAUGAUGGUCAUUCCAGCGAGAUGCUAACUUGCACUUCGGUUGAAGGGAGAGAAAAGCAGGAUACCUCAGCAGUGGAUUGCAAGCAAGCAGCUGCUGAAGCUGUCAAAGUUGAUAAGUCUUUGUCUAUUUCUGAAGUAAAUGCCUCCGCACGUGUUUUGAAGGAGAAAAGUGAUGUGGGAACUAAUGACUUAUUGAGUUCGGGUGGAACGAGUGCCAGUCUUAGCUUCUCAAGUGUGCCUGUGGCCAGCACCGACGUCCAAUCAGAUGUACAAGCUACUCAGACGACCUCAAAAUUUGAUAAAACUGGUUCAGAGAGGCAGUCAAAUGCCGUCUCAUCGGUCGUUGGUUUUGUUGAUAAAAUGGCGUCAUCCACUGAACAGAAUGCUGUGCCCACCACAUUUGGUGGCUUUGGCCUCAAUAAUGGAUCUGCCAUGGAAGCUAAUAAGGUUUCCCCAUUUUCUUUCCCUUCAUCCUCAUCAUUUGGUGGAUCAAAUCCGAAGUUUGGUAUCUCAUCUGAUACAAAAUCAGAGAGCUCAAGCAGCUUUUUUAGUGUUGCCACCGUCCCAGCUGUUACUGCCAAAGUUCCUGAAUUCAAUAAAACUGAUGAUAAAAAAGAUUUGAAGGAUGGAGUGGUAUCUGCUACACCUGAGCCUACUUCUCUGGGAUCUGGGGCAACAUCAUCGGCUUCGACUGCAUUCACAUUUGGUCUUCCUCCUAAGUCUAUGACCUCUAACCAGCGAGUAUCCUCACCUAUAUCAGCGGAGUUAAAUGCCACUGUUACUCAAAAGCCAUCCAGCGGCCUUUCUUUCACUUCUACCUGUAAUGGCACCAGUAUUGACGUCCAAACGUCAACCAGUGCUCCCACUGCUGGUUUGUCUAUGUCAACAGCAGCACCCUCCUUUCCAGCUUCUUCAAUAUUCAAAAUCGGGUCCUCUGUGUCAACUUUAGUUUCACCAGCAGCAACUACUCCAUCUGUUUCUCCAGGAGAAGCCAAGACGAAGGUGGACACUGACUCUGGAAAUGUCACCAGCAAUCUUUUUUCGGCUCCAUCUUCUGCAAAUGCCACCACAGGAAGUGGCAUCUUCGGGCUUCGUCCACCAGCUUCCACAUCAACUCUUGAGACAAAAAAAGAGGGUACUUCAUUAUUUGAUGCUGCCAAUGGUUCUUCACAACUUUCAGCAUCUGCCUCUGGGACUGCAGUACCAGCCUUGACUCAGAGUGCCUCACUUCAAUCUGGAUCAUCUGCGGCAUCUUUUUCAUUUGGAUUGUCUGGGAAUACUGGAAGCCCUAUGUUUGGUUCAUCUUCUGCACCAAAACUGUUCUCUGGGCCGUCAUUUGGCAUGAGUUCUGCUUCCUCUUCAGAGGCGAAUUCUGUCAGUACUGGUAGCAGCACUACUUCAAAUGCGUUUGCUUCUUGGCAGUCAUCAACACUUCCUGUAUUUGGUACCUCAGCAGCAUCUCAAUCGACCAGUUUUUCUUUUGGCGCGCCAGCAGCUUCUAGCAGUCAAAUAUUUGGAUCAUCAGGUUCCACAUCUUCUUCAAGCAGUACUGUUUUUGGAGCAACCAGCAUGACGACUGCUUCUAUUGGUCCCCCUAUUUUUGGGACAAGCAGCAAUUUGUCUGCUUCCACUGGGCCCUCUAUUUUCGGAUCAACCAAUGCCUCAUCUGCUUCCUCUAUGUUUGGAUCAACCAGCGCCCCUCCUACUUUUGGAUCAACUGGUGCUUCCUCUGCUUCAACUUUCCCGUUUACUUCUGCUGCUUCUAGCACACCUUCAGUGCCUGGUUCUGGGAAUUCUAAUUCUUUGUUUGCCUUUGGUUCAGCACCCUCAGGCAAUAAUGAUCAGAUGAAUGCAGAGGAUAGCAUGGCUGAGGACACAGUUGUCGCGACUACUCCCUCAGUUCCUGCGUUUGGCCAGAAACCAACCUCACCACAACCUUCGGCUGGGUAUAUGUUCAACUUACCGACUUCAGCGGCUAAACCUUUCCAAUUUGGAAGUCAACAGAACCUGUCCACCCCGCUGAACCCAUUUAUGGCUUCUGGCAGUUUAGAUCUAGGUGGAGGAUCCACCCCGCCCACGCCGAACCCGUUUAUGGCUUCUGGCAGUUUAGAUCUAGGUGGAGGAUCCACCCUGCCCAUGCCGAACCCGUUUAUGGCUUCUGGCAGUUUAGAUCUAGGUGUAGGAUCCACCCUGCCCAUGCCGAACCCGUUUAUGGCUUCUGGCAGUUUAGAUCUAGGUGUAGGAUCCACCCUGCCCACGCCGAACCCAUUUAUGGCUUCUGGCAGUUUAGAUCUAGGUUUAGGAUCCACCCCGCCCCUGCCGAACCCAUUUAUGGCUUCUGGCAGUUUAGAUCUAAGUGGAGGAGGGAGCUUCUCACUUGGAACCAUCGCUGGUGACAAGUCUGGUCGUAAAAUCAUAAAAGUUAAGCACAAGCAAAGGAGGAAAUAGGAGAAAUUUUGCUUUGGCGCAGCUGGUGGAUUGAUGUCCAGGACCUUGGUUAUUUCUGAUCAGUUGGUUGGAGAUAAUAAUUUCGUUGGAGGAACCGGGUGUCCCUUCUGAUAACGUGAUUCUUGGUCGCAGUGAUGUCAAUGAAGCCUCACCAGGUUACGCCCUUCUCUAUUAUUUUCCUUUUGAAUUUUCUCCUUAUGCAUUUUUCUUUUUUUUUCUUUUUUUUUCUUUUUCCUCUUUUUCCGCGACAUAAGUUGUCACAAUUUUGUAUCCGACAUUGUAGCGAAUUUGUGGACCUCUUCCUGUACUAGUAUGUGUACUAGCCUCCUGGUCGUAGGUGGAGAUUGUCGACCCCACCCAACCCCCCUUCUUUCUCCUUCCCCUUUCUCUUUUUCUCCUCCUACUGUGCACUCCCGAUAUGUGUAACAUAAAGGAACUCAUAUUUGUCAGCUUAAGAAAGCCGCCACUCAUGGGGGUUGGCCUCUGCUUUUUUUUUUUGGCAUUAUGAUGGUAAAUGAUGGAAUGCAAUGGUGGCGUGAUAUUUGUUUCUCGGUCGAAUA